AUGAACCUCGGGAUCCUCCACAACCGCCGGCCGGCACCCAAGACGAAGACUGCGGGGCCGCUCCCGAUGCACAAGGUCGCGAGUCAAAUGGGCGUCGAUCCGGCGUCGCUCGGCGCCGAGGCGCAGCACAUCUGGAGCAUGCUCGACGACAUGGCGGCGACGGACCCCGCCGCGUACCAAGAGUUCAUUGCGAGUCAGAUGGAGGCGCAGGCCAAGGCGGGACGCAAGAAGUUUACGCCCGUGCCUGGCUUUGUCAUCAAGUACGCCGCUGCGUCGGACGGUGCGUCGACGAAGAAGCUCUUUAUCAACUGCUGCGCCCACGAGUGCGUCGCUCUGCCCACCAACCCCAACAACAACAAGGCCGUGCCCCGGGAUACGCGCAGCGUCCCGAGCACGAGCAACUUGUCGAUCCCGCUCGCGAUCGGCGACCUUCGGACGCGGACGCUCAGUGGCGAGGUCUGCAGCGUUGUCGACGCAGUCUUCCACCCGUGGGUGCUGGAGCGGGCGGCGUGGGACGCCAAGUUCAAAAUGGACGUCAUGCAGCUCGCUAGCCACUGGGUGGAAGAAGAAAAGCACGUCAAGCUCCAGAAGCCCGGCAAACUGAUCAAGAGUCUGUACAAAGGCGGCAUUGGUAUCGGGACCAAGGUUGUGCCCAACGACUUUUACGUACCUGAAGAGGGUAGUAGCGAGACGCCAGCCACGAGCAAACACAGCAACCAAGCCGACAACAACCCCACGACGCCAGUGACGCAGUGGAUGGCGUCACCAAAGGACCUGCUUCGAUCCCUCGAGUUGCCACCCUCCGCCCGCCAAGAAAAACUCAUCGAAGACAUAACGACCCCAGCCCAAUUGAAGACAAAGAAGACAGCGCCCGUGGUCAAGAAAGGGUUUCUCAACGCUACCAAGGCUCCUCUGUACCCAUCAGGGUCGACCGAAGGCAAGCCAGCGUCUGCUUACGUCAACCUUCUCCACCGCAGCAAAGUGGUGGACCUCACGUCGUCGCCAAUGGAGCCAAAAACGGAUCGCGCGGCGCCAGCCAAGCCACCCAUGAUGAAGGCCGCAGAGACGACGGUGGAUGAUGUUGAGUUUGAGCGCCUCUGCUUGGAUGCGGAGCCAGAGUUGGCGCCGCGACAGCAAUGCGCCGCGGGUGGCGACCCGCUCUUUAGCGAUGAUAUGGCGCGCCUCUUCCUUCAAACGCUGCAAAAGUAA